CUCAGCCGCCUCUGUUUUUAUUUUGCAAGCUGGUACACGCCAAAGCUCCUUCAUCAAGUAUAAUCAUCGUGUGCCACUCAUUUCUACCGGUUUUCUUUCAUCUGGGUUGAUUCUUUCUCUGAAUCAGGAACUGGAUCUUUAUCAUUUUCUCAGAUAAGCUUCACAAGAUCAAUCUUAUGGAUUGGUAUUUUGGGAGUGGGAUCAAUGAGCUUGUUGUCCCCAAAUACCAAGAAUUAUCAGAUAGGCUUCCUUCACCAGACAGCUGGUCAAAAUGGGGAAUAGGCGCAUUCAGGUCACCUAACAAAUGCUUUGUCAUGGAUUCAAACUUGAAGGAACAAGAACUCGAUUUGGAUGCUAACAGUUUAUGCAACGAAGUUGAGUUGGAUGCUUUCCAUGAUAAAGAUCAGUCCAGUGGUUCAAGCAUAUGUGAGGGAUUGUCGGAGAAGUAUUUUCAACGGAGAUCACCUUCAGAUGAUCGGCCCGACUCCAAGCUUGACGACUUAGCAGGAUUCGAACAGAUGAAUGACAUUUUCUUGAGUUCCUUACUUGAAGAUCUGCCAGAUACGGAAACUAUAGAUGAGUCAUUUUACUUUUCUCCUGUAUCCCAAUGUGGUGUGAUGCCGGGAGACAAUCUAGAUUCACAGUGUGUGCGGACGGAUGCUAAUGAUACCGUGGGAAGGCCAAUGCAUCUCAAAAGAAACACCUUUUCUUCAUUAAUGGGGUGGGAUAAUCGAGACACAACUGCUUUACAGUUUCUUCCAUGCAACUCAGAUCAAAUAGACUGUCCACCUGUAAAGGGGCCAUUUGGAGAAGACAAGGUCUCUUGUGAGCAGCACAGCAUGACUGGAAAUUUUGGUAAGGAAACGUCACCCGAAGAAUGUGUAUUGCAGGAGCUUGAGAUGGUGAUGGCACAGUUGACGGAGAAGACCCGGAUCUGUUUUCGAGAUGCCUUGUAUCGCCUUGCGAAGAACUCAAAACAGCACGACAUGGCAACGGAGAGGGAGGCUGGAUAUGUUGACAUGGAAAAGCCCCCUCCAUGGACACCCCAUGAUAUGACAAUGAGGACUGGAGGUAAGAAAGCAAUGGAAUCUGAGACUAAUGCAAUUGACCGAGCCAUUGCAAACCUCAUGUUUAAUGAACUGAACUUCAGUACAAGUGAACAUUCCAGUGCAGCAUCAGUAAACUCCAGUGGAGGAGUUGUUGGAGAUAACGCACCACCAGUAAACUCCAAGCAAAAUGUCGCCAGAUCUACCAGACCAACGAAUUACAGCUUGAAUCAACCCAAAAUCCGACAUGUUCCACUCCAAUCAAUUUCACCAGAUGAUGCUGAAGUUCCAAAACUUGCUCAAACAGACCUGCUGCAAGCAACGAAUUUACACACAGAUUUCUCAAGAAACACUACAGAGUAUACUGAAAAGAUAUAAAUAAGCCUACUAAACAAAUGCUGCAAGGAAGGGAAAUCUUUCAUACUGGAGUUUGGUUAUUUGACAUGAUGGGGAAGGCGAUCUGCUUGUAGAUUGUCACGAAAUCAGACCUUUGUGUAGCAAGAGAGCAUGAAACCAAUUCUAUAAUUUGCGUUUUACGGUUUGCAUGUAUAUAUACAUAUAGCAAUAUACCCUUUAUAGUUAAUUUGUGCACUGCAAGAUAGUCAAGGUCUUAUUGUACCAGCCCUAGCAUACUGAUGUAAUUAGUGUAAUAUGAUGACUGCUACAACAGCAUCUUAUAUUAACCCCCGACAUAAGAACAUUACUAAUGUUGCUUUGA